CCCCUCUCCCCUUCCUGGUAAGAGACACUUACAACAGUGGACACUGUCAGGCUGGAAACUUUGACACUCCUAUUCCAGUCAUUAUGGAGUUUGUAAGGAAAAAACUGAAAAGUAAAACCGAGGGAUAUCGAGCAAACCGUGCCGGGGGGACAGGCACAGUCCCAGAAGGAGAAGUUCUCCCAACAGUUGACAACCAAGAAUACAUCAAAGCCGCCCCCUGCCCUCCGGAAGACCCCUCCUGUUCCCAGACUAAACCAACAGAAACAACGACUGGCGGAGACUUAACGAUAAAACCGACAAAAAUGCUGACAUCGAUGACAAUAGCACCAACAACGGGGGCGUAUAGAACUGUAGAAUUUACCAACACAACACAAGGGAAUUUAACUGUUAUACCCGGUGAUGUGACCCCGGGGAGUGAUCCCGGACUGCCCGUUACUAUGCCAUCAACGACGAACGCCACGGCAGGAAAGGGUACUUUUUCAGGGCUGUUCAUCUUGGACUCUACGACCGCCGCUAUAAUAGGAGGUGUAGCUGGUGCUGUUUUACUCGUUCUCUUUAUUUUGGUCGCAAUUCUGCUCUGCUUGCUUUGUAAAAGGAAAGGAGGCAAGAAAAGACAACGCGCCAUGGCUGAGAACCCUCAGUACACAACAGAGAGCGAAUUUCAGCUAUACGACAGAAUAAAUGAAAACCCGGACCCCGAAAACCCUUACCAUGAGCCAUACGACCCUUGCGUCGCCCCUCCCCUCCCGCAGUCGAGACCCCCAUAUGACGGUCUGGGACGCGAGGAGAGGACAAAACAGGAUAAAUCCCACUACGCUGGUCUUCUCAAAGUGAACUCGCUGUAUUACAACAAAAAGAAGAAAAACAAAGGCGGGAAAGGGGAAGGCACGCCCUACGCCGUCGUCCCCAUUGAACCGUCCCAGUCUGCUCCUAAAGCGCCGAGCGCCGAGUCCCCAGAUUUGAGCGUCUCCAGGGAGGGCAAGAAAGAACCACAUUAUUACGUCUUAGAAAGUCCCCAAACACAGUUAAAAAACAAAAACUUACAUGAACAAAAUACUCAAAAUACAGAUAAGGGGCCACAUUAUUACACCUUGGAGCCCCCGCCGGCAUUAAAACCUGAGUCAGCAGUGGCAGAAGACGAGGCAGAUGAUUACACAAAACCUGAAGACAUUGCCGCUAACAGGCGACCAGAAUAUUUAGAACUCAUAGAAUCAGACGACCAAAUGUCUGCCGACAGUGGACGCGGAACGUCUUCCUUUACUGGUAAACCAGGAUCACGUUAUGUGAUGGAGAAUAAGAACAACAGUAACAAUUUUAAUGACGAUUUUGAGAAUGAACAAACAGUCAGAAAAACUGUGGAAUCAGACUACACUGACAGGAAGGUUGUCGAGUCUGAGGAAACAGACAGAAAAGUGGUCGGAGCAGACGACAUGGCUAAAAAGGGCGGGAACCAAAGAUAUGUUGACCAUCCAGUUUUUAGCAUCACGUGAUGAUCUCAAUUUAUUUAUUUAUUUAUUUAUUUAUUUAUUUAUUUAAUUUUCUAUUUACACCAAGGGGCCAAUAUGACCAAUAACAUGACACUGUGUAUGCCAUUCUUUUAUAUAUUUUUAUUGAGAUAUGUCGUAAAAUUCAUUUUAUUCACACUGAAGUCUGCGCAAGGGUCUUAUUCAUUCGAUUACCCUUAUUUUUUGAGUGUAUAUUUGUCUAUGCAGAGUUACCAAUAAAUAAUAAAAGUUUCA